ACUGCGGAACGAGCACGCAAAAGGUCAUUUCCGGGGAAGUGCAGCCACGCUUUGUCGGCUGCAAUAUGGAGGCGAGCAGUGGAAUUGAUGAGCUGGUUUCCGGGGAACUGGUGUCUGUGGCACACGCUCUUUCUCUCCCAGCCGAGUCUUAUGGCAACGAUCCUGAUAUUGAGAUGGCUUGGGCCAUGAGAGCAAUGCAGCAUGCUGAAGUGUACUACAAACUGAUUUCAUCAGUUGACCCACAGUUCCUGAAACUGACCAAAGUGGAUGACCAAAUCUACUCUGAGUUUCGGGAAAAUUUUAAGAAACUCAGAAUAGAUGUAUUGGACCCAGAAGAGCUCAAAUCAGAAUCAGCUAAAGAGAAGUGGAGGCCAUUCUGCUUGAAGUUUGAUGGGAUUGUAGAAGACUUCAACUAUGGUACUUUGCUGCGACUGAAUUGUUCUCAGGGCUACACUGAGGAAAACACCAUCUUUGCACCCAGGAUACAGUUUUUUGCCAUUGAAGUUGCUCGGAACAGGGAAGGUUAUAACAAAGCAAUUUAUACUAGUGCUCAGGACAAAGAGGAAGAGAAAGGAGUCAACAGUGGAAGAGACAAAGGAGCCAGCAGUGGAGGAGAAGAAGAGAAAGGAGCCAACAGAGAAGGAGAAAAAGAGAAAACCAAGAAAGCAGGAGAAAAGGAGAAAGAAGCCUGCAAAGAAAUGAACAAAAGUGGGGAAGCAGCUGUGUAAGGUAGACAGGGACUAGCACUCUAGAAGCUGUGAUUUAACUAAGACUACAAGUACCAUGAUGCUCCUUGCACAGGCCCCUAUGGUCAAAUGUAUUUCCUUGUUCACUGGAAGGACAUAGAGAAGGACAUCUUUCUGGCUAAUCAUUAGGAGCUGCAGUGGUUGUUCUCUUAUAUGAACUGGCUUGAAGACUAUUUGUGGGGUCUUAGUUGGCUGUUUCUUGCUUCUCAUCACCAGUCAAGUAAGAAAUUUUGUAAAUAAAUUUCUUUUGGUUCUUAUGACUGUAUAUCUGUGACUGAAUUUGAAAGGUGUUGAAAAUUAUUUGACACUUGAUUUUUUUUAAGUAUAUAAUCUCUUUGUCAUGUCUUAUAUAAAAUGAUUUAUGCCUGUUUCUUAAUGCUUCUGUUUCCUGUAGUGAAGUUCUCUCAAACCUGUAAAGUUGCACAUGGUUUUGUAUUAGCAGUCCUUACAUAAGAAUUGACUCUUGCCAUUUGAGUGACUACAGCUUUCUCAUUUUAUUUGUAUAUCUCUCAAAAGAUUUGAUAAAUACUCUAUGGGGAUAACAGCAGCAUCCUGAACCUGUCGUACUAGUGAACGCAGCCCAGUUCAUAUUAGAGGAGCAGGAAACUGGACCUGCUUCAGUACCUGCUUCUCUCAUAUCCUAGUUGUUACCUGAAAUGUAGCAGAAAUUAAUAAUUAAAUAUAAAGCCUAGUACAGUGGCUUUCCUUUUAUAAUGCUGUGGACAAUAGCACACAUUUAUACAUUAAUACAAAAUGAAAAUAUUUCUAAAUGGGACUUUGUCAGACUCCAAAAAUAGACCAAUUGAUUUUAUAUGGAUGGGGGAGGCUCCUUCUCAUCUAAUGACUUUUAAGAGAGCAUGUUUUCAGUUAUCUUCACAAAUGCAUAGAUCUGUGAAUGUCCCCAUAGACAUACUGACUUUGCUAAAACUAGUUAGAGGAAGCUGCAAUGUUUAUAGUGCAUACAGUAAAUACUCUUAAAAGUCUAACCACAGCAUGAUCAUGCAAGUCAGUAUUUACCAUAGCAGAAGAGGGGGAAUGAGACUUUUUUCUCAGUGGACACAGGAGACAAAUAAAAAUUAAACUUAAUUGAUGAGUUGUCCCCUAGGCAAGAGCUGCACUAGAGAUGCAUACAGCCAGCAGCAACAAUUGUGCACAGAGUUGGUUUCUCCAUGAAUUCUCUUUGGCCAGUUCUUAAAAAUGUUUAAAACAUCUGUUAAAGUUUUCAUUUUUUAUGUUUUUUAAAAGGUAGGAGAGUGUUAAAUACAUUAUAUUAGGCAGACUUUUUGAGAUUAAGAACGUUUUACUGUAUUAACUUUCUCUUUGAUUGAUUUUACAGAGAAUACGAAACAUACUGUUGAUAAUCAGACUGCUUUAAAACAAGAGUUCUGUCCAAGAACUAGGUUAUAAAAACUGGGAAAAAGAAGGGGAAUAAGAACACAGAACACUUUGCACUGACCAUUUGAUUUUGAGUUGAUCAAAAGGGAUAAUAUCCUGGGUGGGUCUGGCCUAAUCAGGUGAGUCCCUAAAGGAGACAAGAAGCAGUAGCAGAUGUUCUGUUGGCCUUGAAGAAGCAAACAGAUAUGUGAGGGAAGGGGGAGUAUGUGGCAAAGAGCUGAGGGUGGCAUUUGGGAGCUGAGAGUGCUCCCAGGCUGAGAGCCAGCAAGAAAAUAGGGAUUUUACUCCUGCAGUUCAAAGGAACUGAAUUUUGUCAACAACUGGUGAGCUUGGGAGAGGAACUCAAGCCUCAGAUGAGAUUGUAGUCCUGGUUGAUAGCAUGAUUUCAGCCCUGUGAGACUUUUAACUUAAGACUUUAAGUCAUACUUGGACUCCUAACCCACAGGACUGUGAGAUAAUAUAGGUAUUGUGUUAAGCCACUAACUAUGUGGCUGUUUGUUAUAGAGCCAUAGUAAACUACACAGACUUUGAUAAUGAAAGUGGACUGCUGCUGUAACGUACCUAAAGUGUGGGAAUGGCUUUGGAAUCAGGCAGUGGGUGGAGGCUGGAAGAAUAUUGAGGAGCGUGACAGAGAAAGCCUAAAUUGCCUUGUACAGACUGUCAGUGGAAAUAUGGACUUUAAGGAUGCUGCUGUUGAGAGAUCAAAAGGAAUUACUGUUGUUAUUGGAAACUGGAAGAAGGGGGAUCCUAUUAAUAGGUGGUAAUAUUGCAGUUAGCGGCCAGAAAGUUUGAGAUUUGAGUCCUAGCUCUGAAUUAUUUGGAUGAUAUGAAGCCAGGCUUGACAUAGUGUGCAAAUAUUUGUGAUUUAUUCAGAAUGUGGUACCUCUCCAGUUAUUUAUCUCCAUGACAUCUUUUGGAGGUAGGGAAAGAGCACAGACUAAUUUUUGCAUUUACAGAAGGGAAAACUGCAGCCGUUUAAAAAAUUUAAGCCAUUAAGUUUGUUACAGCAGCAAUAUGAAACUAAUAAAGAAAGCAUACUGAACACUGCUCCAAAAGUGGAGACAUUCACUGCACUGUCAUUAUUUAUUUUGAAAUUAUAGUUUAAACAAGGAUAUGUUGUACCAGAUGAUUGGAGACAUGAACUGCACCCAAAGUGAGCUUCAAUAAUUCUAAAUCGUUUUGAAGUUACUUUCCAAAGGAACUUCUGUAGCUGAGUCUGUGUGUGUCAUGUGUCAUGUGCCAUUGGUAUAACUGGGAAUUCUCUAAAUUUGCUUCUAUGUACAAUACAAUGCUUAUUAAUGAAUAUGUGCUCAUUUGGAAUAUAUAUAUGUGUGUGUGUGUAUAUAUGUGUGCGUGUGUGUGUGUGUGUAUAUAAACUCAACGGUAACUUCAUGAAUUGUUUAGACCUUGGACCAAGAAAAUGUGUUUCUGGUGAAGUGUGUUUUAUCACUGACAUUGUUUAAAAUUGCCAGAGCAUGGUGAUAAUUAAAGCUGACCAGGUUUUUGUUGUUUUUAUUACGGUUUUUAAAUUUUCUACAGAUAAUGCAGCUUUUUUUUUUUUGGCUUGCACUCAGUGUAGAUGAUUCUCAGUACCCCACAUAGGUACUCCACAGUUGCUUUCAUAUGUUGUUUAUUCAGAUAAAUAGUUAAUAUCUUAACUGAUUAUUCAGAAUUAAGGCCUGUAUGUAUGUUAUGUUAAUGGUCUUUUUUCUAUGCCUACAUUCUUAUCCCUAGAAAUAUGGAAGCAUUAUGAAUGUCAACAUGUUGAUCUCCUGAAUUGCAUGGCUGUCACAUGAUGACUAUAUAAAUGACUGGCUAGCUUUAAGCUUUCCCUGCUCUACUCAGGGUUUCUCUGAAAUCCUCAGUAUAAAUUUUACUUUCUUGAAGUCAGUAUUUAUGUUUUCAUUUUAUAAAUUGAAAACCAGAUUGAAUUAUAAUUUGCCAUCUGUCACAUAAGUGAUGGUGUUUUUGAUUAUGGAUCUCAUUGUUUUUCCAAAAUCCAAAUUCCCAUUCUAGAAUAAGCUUCUUGCUAGAAUAGACAGAUGAUUUGGAUAAGGAAUUGAAGUAUUCAACAAUCAGAAAGCAUUCUGUUGUGGAGUGAUGCACUAAAAUAGUUAAACUCCUCGAGACAUUUUCAAUUUCUCUUUGUCUUUUUCCUUCUAAGAGAUUCCUUUUUACAUAUGCAACUGAGACAUUUAAAAAGCAUUAUAGUAUAAUUACUAUAUCACUGUAAUCUUUCUUCAAUUUCAAAAUUAUAUUUUAAUUUCUUAACCUUCAUUAUGAACUGAAUUUGGCUAACACAUUUUCCUCAAGUGCUUGUAGUUUAUUACUUUUUUUUCUCUCUGAGGCUUACUCUAUCUUCCUGAAAUCUUCCUGAAAUAAGCAUUUUUGGGUUAAAUUGUUGGAAGCUCUAGUAUGUAUUAUUGGUUGGUUUUUACAUUGUAAAGAAAAUAAAGGAAAUUAAAAAUUACAGGAUAAGCCUUUGCAACUGGAAACUAUCUCAGAAACCUAAUUCAGAAAUCUGAUUUUUCUCUGAAAAAAUAAAAAUAAGACACUAAAGGAUGUGCUUUACCCAGUUGAAAAUCCUCUAUGUAUGUAUAGAUUGUUUAUUAACUUCUUGUCCUUCCUGUUAGACUAAGAACACUGCACAAGACAUCAUUCCACAAGGUUUCCAUUGUCCUAGAUAUAUCCCUGCACAAGACACUUUCUUCUAGAAAACAGUUCUAAAGUAAUCUCCAUGCUUCUCCAUGAUUUAGGAUUCUUAUGGUGUCCUUUCUGUUUACACUAAACUCUACCUGGCCAAUCUUACACAAUUCUGAGACUUUUGGAUUUUACUUAAAAUCACAAUAAUUUAAAAUUUUACAUGUUCUUGACUUUUUAAAAAAUUUUUAAAUUAUUUAUUUAUGGCUGUGUUAGGUGUUCAUUGCUGCACGCAGGCUUUCGCUAGUUGUGGUGAGUGGGGGCUACUCUUUGUUGUGGUGCUCAGGCUUCUCAUUGCAGUGGCUUCUCUUGUGGAACACUGGCUCUAGGCGCGCUGGCUUCAGUAGUUGUGGUACUUGGGCUCUAGAGCGCAGGCUCAAUAGUUGUGGCACAUGGGCUUAGUUGCUCCACAGCAUGUGGGAUCUUCCCGGACCAGGGCUUGAACCUGUGUCCCCUGCAUUGGCAGGGGGGGUUCUUAACCACUGCACCACCAGGGAAGUCCUUGAAUUUUUAUUAAAGAAAAUAAGACUUCUAAAAAUUUUGUCAAUCUUAAGGUCAUUUUUCUCCCCCAGAGUCACUAAGGCUUACGUGCUGUCCUUU